AUGCCGGUGCCACCGCCGCCACCACCUCCUCCUCUGCCGCCACCUCCUCCACCUGUGGGGGCUCCUCCCCCUCCACCCCCACCAGGGCCCCCGAUUAGUACAGAUGCACCCAGCUUAAGGAAGACAGAUCUGAAAGGUCGGAGUGCACUGUUGGCUGAUAUCCAGCAAGGAACACGCCUGCGAAAAGUCACCCAGAUCAAUGAUCGCAGUGCCCCACAAAUUGAGGGUUCAAAGGGAACCAACAAAGAUGGAGGAAGUGCUGGCAGCAAUGCUCGAGGAGGAAACACACCCCCUGCUCUAGGAGAUCUCUUUGCUGGUGGUUUUCCUGUGUUAAGACCAGCAGGCCAGAGGGAUGUGGCAGGUGGCAAGACCGGGCAGGGCCCUGGCUCCCGAGCGCCUUCUCCCCGGCUCCCCACCAAAGCCGUCAGCGGCCCCCUUCCUGCCCCUGCAUCUCCCAGGCUGGGCAAUGCCUCGGAGGCGCACAGCUCUCCCAGGCCCAUCCCUCCUCGCCCGUCCCCUUUCCCCCCGCCCCCCCUGCCAGGAGAAAACAGCAGCGGCAAUGAGGCUCCUCCUCCGCUGCCCCCCAAGUCCCCAAGCUUCCAGACGCAGAAGGCCUUGCCCACUCCUCCGGGUGCUCCCGGCCCUCAGGCCGUUCUACAGAAGAAGCGACGAGGCCCAGGAACCAGUGGGGGGAAGCUAAACCCACCUCCAGCGCCACCUGCAAGAUCGCCCACCACAGAGCUUUCCAGCAAAAGCCAGCAGCCUGGAGGCCAGCUGCGGAAUGGAGGCCAGCACGUGAUGGAUGACUUCGAGUCUAAAUUCACGUUCCACUCCAUGGAAGACUUUCCCCCUCCAGAUGAAUUCAAACCAUGUCAGAAGAUAUACCCCAGCAAGGUCCCCAGAAGCCACACACCUGGUUCCUGGCUCCAAGCUGAAGCAGCUGGGCAGAGCUCGGAUGACAUCAAAAGCAGAAAUUCUCAGUUAUCUCUGAAGGCACUCCGGUGA